CGAACCCGCAAUGGAGCAAAGGCUAUCAAGACAGUUCAAUCGAACGGGAUUAUAUUUAAACUGUUCAGAGAACGAAACGGACCUGAAAGCUUUGUUCAACGUAUUCGUGAACCAUGCCUAUUUACCGCCUAUCGAGUUGAGGGAAUUACACAUCGUCACAAUGGUGAUUGCACUACCUUUAGUGAUAUUCACAGGAAUAAUAUUUAAUAUUCUUUCAAUUUGGAUCCUGUCUCGUGAUAAACGCUACAACCCAAGUAUCUUCCUUCUCCAAGCGUUAGCAGUUGCGGAUACCUUAUUCCUACUUCUAAACGCCUUAUUUUUCGCAUUACCUGUUAUGAUAAUUCACUGGUUCGGAAUAGGCUGUGAACUUGAUAAUUACGUUGUGGCAAUAGCGGACGCGGAUUCGAACAGCGUUGGCCGCCAGAUUGCCCAGAUUACACAGACUGUCCGGAUCCUUGCAGUCGGGAUGAUAGUCCUUGUUACAGUUGACAGGUACAUAGCUUUGUUCUACCCUUUGCACGCCCAACGAUUCUGCACCUUCGGUGCGACACGGAAGCUCAUAGCUCUCCUGUUCUUCUACGGAUUAACAUGGUUCGUCGUCCUCAAACUCGUGGAUUCUAAAGUCUUCAACAUCAAAGCGAAGAAUCGAACGUUUGCGCUAGGUAAUGCCAUCAAUCUAAUCAUACCUGCUGUAGUAAUAUUCGUGCUGAAUAUCAAGUUGAUAGUAAACAUCCGUGACACUAAACGACAGUUACGGGCAAUGGGGAGUGAACGCAAUCGUACCAAUGACGAAGACUUUCGCGAGUUCAUGAGCUUGACGGUCAAACUUAUCGCUGUUGCGUCGACUUUUCUGAUAUGUGCUGUUCCCGGUGUGAUACAGUCUGUCAAUAUGAUCCUGGCGAUGGAGUGGCGUUACGACUGUUGCAUCCCGCUACUUUCCAUUGAUAUCAUGAACUAUCUCUCCAUCCUGCUAAUGAACUUUAACUCAAGUGUGAAUUUCUUUCUAUACGUUUCGACCGGGGGUAGAUUUCGUCGUGAUUUGAAUGAGACGUUUCAACACAUCUGUGGCAGGAGGUAUAAGGCGAUUAUGUCAUACUCGCACUCUCGCAAGAAUUACCGAACUGAGUGCGAGAGUGCUAGCACAACAGCUAUACAGCUGUGUGAAUAUCCAACUUGAUGUCAUGUUUUUUCAACAAAAAUAUGAUUUGUUUUGAAAAGUGCCUGGGAGGGAGUAACGGUAAAAAAACUCAUGUAGAUAAGAGAAAAAAGUGAUAGUGGCUACACAACUAUUGAAAAUUAUAUUGAAAAAUCACAUUAAAAAAAUGAGUGCGGUGGAAGGAAUAUUUAUUGUUGCCCCAGGAUAAACAUCUGUCGACGGAUUCUAUACAUAUUUCGUACAUUCAACAUGUAGUCCAUGCACACUUUCUUUCCGAGGCCGUCGAAUGACUAGUGUGUAAUAGGACACUCAGUGUACAACGGGCACGCCAUCGGAUCUGCUGUGACCAUGCAGCUGCGGAAAAUCUGGUCAUGAUGGAAUUAAGUGCCUGUAAACAUUGUUGAAAAACACCCGGUUGUGAUGAAAUCUCUCUCGUAUUUUUGUUUGAAUUGGAGUGCCCAGCACAGAAAAUAGAAAAGUGUUCUUUAGAUACCAGUGUUGCAUGCUGCUAUCUGAGAUUAACUUUUCUUAGUUGUGUCUUUCGAGAGAAUGAUCCAGGAAAAUACUGGCAAAGCCUGAAGUUUAAGUACACUUAAAAUUUCUUCUCAUUGUGCUGCGGAGACAAUGCUUUUCUGUUUGACAGAGGAAGAUAUCGACAAAUGUAACAUGAAUACCAUAGUCAACACUCUACUACAGUCUAAAAUCAUUCAAGGAUCGGUUCGACCAUUUUGCAAGACAUUACCUGAAUUUAGAUCUAACUGUCGAUGGUUUUUGCCGCGUGCAGCAGUGCACAGCCUUGGGGAAACCGCUAGGCAGUGCGGUUCAUGUCAUUAAAAAACAGAUAGCACGGAAUAAUGAGCCAAAAAGCUGUUCUUCUGAUAUUGCGUUCUUGCAAAAACGGAUCUGCGGCAGGACUAAUUAAUCCGAUAUUUUUGGGUCUAAAUCUCUGAAGCAUGUGGGCAGGAUACCGCAAUAUAUCUCUCAACUGAAGCAAUUGAAAGUCACAGUGAUUUGUAAAGAAGCUUUCCUGAGUAUCAUUACCGAUGCAUAGCACUGAAUCAGCGACUUCGGCUGUACAUCCUACAUGUAUACAAGCUAUACAUUCGUGGUAUCAUGCACUUCGCAAAUGGUCUGGAAAAUACGUAUUCCUUGGAUUUUGAAUUUGAACGAAAAUGUAUGAUAAUUCGUUGGAUGUUCCAGGUGUAUGUUCUGAGUGUUUACCGUCAUGUUAAAAAACCCUGACGGUUUGUUAUGACGAAGGAGUGCUUUUAUUAUCGACUUAUUAAUACCGGAAUACUUCGAACGAAAGGAAAUACGAAGGAUUAUUGUGUGCUGAUAAAGAUUCAUUAUGGACAUCGCCCUGUCUGGUCUUGUCAUGGAUAUUAUUUUGUUAAGUGCAUUCGGUGCUAUCCUCCAAGCAUGUGUUUCUAUAUAUAGUAUAUGAAUUCGGACAUAGGCUGGAAUCACUGAAGGAUUUUUAAGUGAGGUAGGCCCUGAUCACCCCGGUAAAUGCUGGGUGCUGAGCGAAAGAGUUACUGGUAUAAAGAGAUGCACCGAAUCAUUUUUCGUUCGGCUGUCAAGAUCGACCUGACACCAAUGGUUGGGUAAUGUACUGCGGGCGGGGGGUGAUAAAAAAGGCAAAGUAUCUCGUCAUUGGAAUUCGGUGCAUACAAGGCAA